UGCUCAGAUCUGAUAAGGGUCCAAUAAGAGGUGGGAGGAAUAGAAAGAGCGCGCGCUUGGAGACGGGAAGCUGCUCCGUGGUUUUGUUUGGUGCGCUCCUCCCCUCUCCACGGCGCAAAGAGCCUCCUCUCGCUUUACGGAGACUGCUUGCAAUUCCUGCUCUUCGUGCCAGAGCAUGCAGCUGUCUCUGUUGCUUCCCACUGCCGCUGUUGUGGGAAAUCGUCGCCCUGCGUGACGAACCGACGGCGAACCAUUUUCCCCUUGAGGUGUCAGCUCAAGCCUGAAGGAUAUCGCAACUUUUAAAACAAUUUCCAACACAGUUAGGGGGCUGAAUAAAGGCACCUGACAGCUCGUAACGCCCCAUCCGCGUGCUGACUGGAAUGUUUUGCAACUGUGAAGGCUAUAGGAAUGUGGAAUACAAGUCUAUCUCAGCGUAAAAGGACCUUCCUCUGCCCCUGACACCAUGACCACAGACCUGAACUUGACCUCCCUGCUGAAUGUAACAGAUCUCCAUAAUCACACAAGAGGAUGUUCCCUCACCAAGACUGGUUUCCAGUUCUACUACCUGCCCACUGUUUACAUCAUGGUCUUCAUCACAGGGCUAGUGGGCAACAGCCUGGCCAUAUGGAUGUUCGUGUGCCACAUGAGACCCUGGAGCAGCAUCUCCGUGUACAUGUUCAACCUGGCUCUGGCUGACUUCUGCUACGUCCUCUCUCUGCCCUUCCUCAUCUUCUACUACUUCAACAAAACAGACUGGAUAUUCGGCGAUGUUCUGUGCCGACUGCAGCGUUUUAUAUUCCAUGUGAAUCUCUACGGGAGUAUUCUGUUUCUGACCUGCAUCAGUGUUCACAGGUACACUGGGGUUGUGCACCCGCUCAAGUCUCUGGGCAGACUGAAGAAGAAAAAUGCGGUUAUUACCAGCGCGUUGGUGUGGGUGGUGGUUAUCAUAGCUAUCUCCCCCAUCUUGUAUUAUUCCAGGACUGGCUUGAAGCGUAAUGCAACCACUUGUUAUGACACCACCACUGAGGAUGAGUUACCUGGUUAUUUUAUCUACAGCAUGACUUUGACUGUGUUUGGGUUCUGCAUCCCCUUCAUUAUCAUAUUGUGUUGCUAUGGCAUGAUCGUGAAGGCGCUAAUCUACAAUGAUAUGAACAACGGGCCCCUGCGGCAGAAAUCUAUCCACCUGGUUAUCAUCGUGCUUGCGGUCUUCGCCCUCUCAUAUCUGCCUUUCCACGUGAUGAAGAACCUCAACAUGAGGGCCAGGCUGUACUUUCAGAGCCCUGACAUGUGUGAUUUUAAUAACCGUGUCUACGCCACGUACCAGGUGACACGGGGGCUGGCCAGCCUCAAUAGCUGUGUGGAUCCUAUUCUUUACUUCCUGGCUGGAGAUACCUUCAGGAGAAAGCUGUCACGGGCCACUAAAAAGCCCUCCAGGAAGGGGGACAAUGUCCUUCAGUCCAAGAGCGAGGAGACGGCUCUCAACAGUCUGGCAGAAUAUGUGGAGAAUGGGGACCGGAGGCUGUGACAGGGCUCCACUGUGUGCCUCGUCAUGGGUGUGGAUCUCUAUUAGCUUUAGAGACCAUGAUGGACUUUGUAAUGAAUAUGUAAAUGCACUGUGUGGACUGAAGGCUGUGUGUAAAACUUAACUGGUCGAUGGUUUAUAGAACUGUAGGAUAAAUACUCCAUUUAACCCUGUGAUAACCAAUCGCUCGCUUGCAGCCCGUCGAUGAUGAUAAGCUAUUGUACUGUAUCGUCCUGUAUUGUACUCUAAAUGUUAGAGCCAUCACAUUUUCUUAUCGAGUAGUCGGUGUUGCCUACGCAUCGGACACAAUGAACAUUAUGUUCAGGCCAGCUAUAAUGUCCCGUUCAUCAAUUUGUUCUGGAAAUAUAAGACUGAGAACGGAUUGCACCGCCUCUAGCCACCGAGCUGAUGCUUAAUCAAUAACUAUUAAGCAGGUGAGACCUGGUGGUUAAGGAAGCGUACCUGAGAUGGCUUUUAGAGACAAAGUAAAUGCACUGAACCUGAGAUUGCUGCAUGGAUGUGCCGUGCAGACAUAUUAAUGCACUAUGACCGGGACCUCUCUGCUCAGAGGGCUACCUAUCACUCCUCAUUUCUUUCUCCAUCUAUUACUGACUGAGCGAGGAAUGUGGUCGACUAGUUUUUCAUUUUGACAGCUCUGAGGUUAAGGUCUGCAACGGCUCUGUUACCACAAUCUUUCUCUCGUUGUUAACUUGUCCCUUACAGAAAAAAAGAGAAGAUAAUACUUACAGUAUUUUUGUGUAUAUGAUACUACAAUGAAUGUUUUUUUUUGGUGUGUGCUGUACAGGAUGUUGUGACGUUCCAGGGUUGUUGUUAACUGUUUUGUUCAAGUCAGUAUCACUAAUCCAGACAUUUAGGGCGCGAGUCCAGUAUCAAAUACCAUCAGUGAAACACUGUUUAACCACAUUAGUCUAUUCUAGUGUUUAUUGCAGUAUAGGGAAUACAUAAUAUCUUUUAAAUGAGCAUAACAGCCACACACACACACACACUCAAUCACCUGCUUUGUGACUCAAACAUAUUGAAGAUUUGUUUGUAUGAGAUACCUCAAAGUAAAUACUGCACUGUGUCCAUGUUUUGACAGAUAAUCAUUUCUCUUUUGCAUCUGUUGUAAUCACUCUGGAGAAAUGAUCGUGGAGCUGUCUCAGUGUAUGUUUUACCCUGGACUAUGUAGGUGUUUGAUGUCUGUACUAAUACCUUUGUAAAUCUGUAAUGUGGCCAGCUAUUGUCAAGAAAGGAAGUGAAUCACCUGUACAGGAUAUCUGGGGCAACGUGUAUCUUUGUCAAUAAAUCUUUUAUAUUUAAAACGUG